AUAUCCCUCCCUUCCUUCUCCUAAUUCACUCUCUCAUUUCCCUUCUCAUUGUGCCAUUGCCCUUGAAACUUCCUUAUCCAUUGCACCAUUAGUCCUUUUCUUUGUUAACACAUAAACACACCCUUUUACCAAUUCAACACACACCAUAACAAGGCACCAACAUGUGUAGCUCUAAGGCCAAAGUGAGUGUGGGCAUAGAAUCCACCACCACAACCACAACCACAACCACACCCUCAGUGGCUAGAAUCAAUGGCAGGCCAGUCCUUCAACCAACUUGCAACCGUGUUCCAAGCCUUGAGAGGAGGAAUUCAAUCAAGAAAGUGGCACCACCAAAGUCACUUUCUCCACCUUCACCACCACUUCCAAGCAAGGCUUCAUUGACACCCCCAGUUUCUCCAAAGUCAAAGUCCCCUAGGCUUCCUGCAACAAAGAGAGGCAAUGACAACAAUGGACUUAACUUGAGUUCUGAAAAGAUUGUGAUCCCAAGAAGCUCCACAAAGGCUCCAACUUUGGAGAGAAAGAAGUCCAAGAGCUUCAAGGAAGGGUCAUGUGCUUCUAUUGAGGCCUCAUUGAGUUACUCCUCCUCUUUGAUCACUGACUCCCCAGGGAGCAUUGCUGCUGUGAGGAGGGAACAGAUGGCACUGCAGCAGGCACAAAGGAAAAUGAAGAUUGCUCAUUAUGGAAGAUCAAAGUCUGCCAAGUUUGAAAGAGUUGUUCCUCUUGAUCCUUCAACCACUACUCUUACAUCCAAGCCAACUGAGGAGGAGAAGAGAUGCAGCUUUAUCACAGCCAAUUCAGAUCCCAUCUAUAUUGCUUACCAUGAUGAGGAAUGGGGAGUUCCAGUUCAUGAUGACAAGAUGUUGUUUGAACUUUUAGUUUUAAGCGGUGCUCAAGUUGGAUCUGAUUGGACCUCAACCUUGAAGAAACGCCUAGAUUUCAGGGCUGCAUUCUCAGAAUUUGAUGCAGAAACCGUGGCCAACUUGACUGAUAAGCAAAUGAUGUGUAUUAGUUCUGAAUAUGGCAUCGACAUGAGCAAAGUCCGAGGAGUUGUUGAUAAUGCAAACCAAAUUUUAGAGAUUAAGAAGGACUUUGGUUCAUUUGACAAGUACAUUUGGGGGUUUGUGAAUCAUAAACCAAUCUCCACUCAAUACAAGUUUGGCCACAAGAUUCCAGUGAAGACAUCAAAAUCAGAGAGCAUAAGCAAAGACAUGGUGAGGAGGGGCUUUAGGUUUGUUGGUCCAACAGUGGUUCAUUCAUUCAUGCAGGCAUCUGGCCUCACCAAUGACCACUUAAUCACUUGCCACAGGCACUUGCAGUGCACCCUAUUGGCAGCAAAACCUCAUUCUACUACCAUAGAGCCCUCUCAAUAGAUCAAAUUCCAUCAGAGAAAUAAGGAACAAGAGAUUGACACUGAAGAGCUCAAGACAUAAAAGAGUUGUUACAUAUGCUGAAAGAGCAUAUGUAAUAAUGUGGCUAACAAUAGUUUACUUUUGAGUUGAUCGUUUGUGUAUAAUAUUAGAUAGGACAAAAAAGGUUUUUCUGAUUUGUGAGAUGUUGUGAGAAUUUUUAAUGUGUGGUUUUGUUAAUUUGCAUAUCAAUGGGAAAAGAAUGAUGAUUAAAAAAAAGGUUUUAGGAAUUAGGAUGGUGUUAUUCAGUGGUGGGAGGCUUAGGGAACAGUCACCAUGUGCAUGUGCAAUUGGGAAACAAGGGCAUGUGUGGUGUCAGUUUGCUUUCUAGACCAUGUGACCCAUCAGACUUUGCAUUAUUUGGUUCCCUUUAACAGCCUGUGUGUGAUACUUGUAAGGGGUGUGUAGGACCACCUUCCCUCCCUUUUCCUUCUCUUGCUUUGUUUAUGGGGUUGUUAUCUUUACUGUAUUCUCUCUAACUUUUUGGCUUGGGUGAUAAUAGUAUUAUACCCCAAUAUAUUUUGGAGUUGGUGUGGAUGUU